GUUUAAAUUACUGCUAGCGUUGCUUUGUUAAUUACCUAGUUGUUCCAGUUGUUGAAGUUAUUGUAGACGACCAAGUGUCCAACUGACAACAUACCGACAGCUUGCUGCUUAGACAUCCUUUUAUCGCAUAUCAGACGCACCAAUUUAACUAGCCGUUCACACACAGCACGCCCUUCUCUGGUUACAGUAGGGCUGCGCAACGCAAUUGGUAGACGGAUUUUUGUAACUCCCUUUGCCUUGCUGUCAACUGGUGCAAACCACAACGGAGAAUGGAGGCGUUAGCAUCUCAUCCGCUGGUGUUGACAAAGCGACGUGCAAUCUUUUCAAUCCUCUGUGGCGUUUUUUGGUUGAGUAACCUUUCUCAAGCGCAAUCUUCGCCUCGUCCCGCACCUGGAAGUGCGUACCUUUUCAACAACACCUACAUGUGCAUCAACAACUGGGAGAUCAGCGGAACCAACAUGGCUACCUACAGCGGCAUUGGCUUUGAUGAGAGUGUGUGCCGGUUUCUUUGCUCUGGACUCCCGGCCUGUACGACUUAUGUCUGGUUUGUGUACGGCCAAUGCGUCAUUCGACGAGACGCCUUCCGGGAUGCGGAUGGGGUGACCGGCGCGUCAACCACAGCCCUCCGCUCGUGCAUCAAGAAGGACCUCGCGGUUUUGCCUCCACCUCCGCCCCCGCCGCCUCCGCCGUUCAAAGUAAUGGAGAACAACAACCAACAGCCCGGAGAGGACGUCUACCUUAUUCGAGCGCUUGGCCCUAUGUCUGCCGAGUGCCCAACCGCCAACUACCUAACUCCCAGCCAAGACUGCGACAUGUACGGUGCUUGGACGCUUGCCGAGUUUGCGGGAUCUCACCAGGCCUGGAUUGUACGGAAAUCUCCCCUAGCGGAUGGAACCUAUAUCAUCACCAACUACUAUCGGUCUCUGGUUGCCGACCCGCCCUGCGACCGAACGAUCUGGAGUUACCGGUCGGACUGCCAGAGCACCUACGUAGACAUGUGGUACAGCUUUGACGGACCCCAGCAAGAGGUUUAUUUCGAGCCAGUUGCCGGCCGUCAGGGCGCUCUUCGCAUCCGCGCCGCGGGCCGCCCGGGCUGCAAGGAGCGCUACCUCGCCGCUGUGCUGGCCUGUCCCGACUUUGGCAGCGUCUACUGGGCCCCGCUGAACCUGUUGGACCCCGCCUUCAUCUUUGAGCUCGUCCCCAUGAGCUCCGCAUACCCGGUCGCGGACAUGCCCACGCACCCGAACUACCCGGAUGCGCCCUCCUCGCCGCCGCCUUCAUAGAGCUGAGGAAGGCAUGGGGAGGCAAAGCAGGUGUGUUACAGGCGUAUGGCUCCGUUCAUUAUGUGGCAUAAGACGUCACGCGGUCAUAUCACCGUACGACAUCAAUGGAAAGAUGGGACUCGUCAUCUAGGUGGGCAGCACCCACCCGCACGAGGCGGCCCGUUCAACAGCAGCUAGGCAGGAGUGGCAGGUACCAGCCAGAUGGCAGGUUUGAUACACGUUAAAGUUGAGUACUAGAACGCGGAACAGCAGCAGCAGCAGCUCCCAAGGCAGGGUAGUCGCAGAGUACUUGACAGGCUUUUGUAUGCUUUAGGCGGCAGGGUUAUCAAGGCGCGUGCGGGUUUUAAAUUGGGCAAUUGAACCUAUGCGGGUGUUGGAGUGGCCCACAUGCGCCUGUUGAUAGCAGUUUCUUUGAAAACGAAUGAUUCCUAAAGUUGCCUUUAAACAAAAUUGCAGUAGUUUGGUUGGGGUGGUUUGCAGAUGUCUGUACUUGCCUACCAACCACAACAGCAUUGUACGGGUAGCAGUGUGCGAAUCCUGUGCUGUUGCUGACACUGAUGCAGCGUUGGUUUCAUAUCUUGGGUUGAGUAGUCGCGAGCAGGGUGCCACUUUUGGUUAGUUAUGUUUGGGAGAGGUCGACUUUGCCCCCCGGCGGGAGGGGUCGACUAUAUGUUUUGUGCCUCUUAGGUGCAGGGUUUGAUGUUCAGCCAAGGUCGAGGCAGGUGUUUGUACGGUAGGGCUGUUGGCCGAGGGGGGUAAUGCCAUCGUUUAGAUCGUGCAUCUUGUCUGUCCAACUAACACUGCACCCUUACUAGUGUCGCCUCACUCUUUAGGUUUGGAAGCCAGCGCUUCAAGACUCAGGCAUGUGACGUUAUACAUUUAUUUUUAGCUGAUUGAGUUGCCUUACUACAAUUACAUAUGACGUACGAACUUGCACCAUG